AUGUCCCAAGCCACGUUUUCUCAGAACUUUUGGGGUUUGGAAGACGAAGGUUGCACUGUCCUGUGGGAUCGCAUCCAGAACGAUUCCAAGACCUGCGAAGAGCUGAUGCAGUUUUACAAGGAGAGAAUAGCCAUCGAAGAAGAAUACUCGAGGAAGCUCGGUCAUCUCUCUAGGAAGACCCUGGGUUCAAAGGAAACGAAUGCCAUGGGACAUGCUCUAGAGACUCUAAGGGUGGAGACCAAGCAACUGUCACUCAGUCAUGCUGCCCAAGCAGGCAAAAUCAGGUCCGAUGUGUACACAAGUUUACAGGAUUUUGCUUCUGACCUUAAAGGCAAAGCCAAGCCCAUUGAAUCAAAUACACAGAAACUGAAGAAGUACAAGGAUAACCUGGAAGCGAAGACGGAACAAAUGAGGCAGAAAUACCAGGCAGACUACAUCAAAUACCAAGGAUACGAGACAAAUAAGAUAAUGCUUGACGAUCGCGAGGCCGAGAGACUUGAAGUCAAGAUCAACAAGACUUACGAGUCCAUGAUGACUCACCGCAAAGACUAUUAUUCCUUGGUGAGGGAGUCUCAGCAACUGAACGAGACCUGGUUGACAGAAUGGCAAAGUGCCUUAAAUAACUUCCAGGAACUGGAGGAAGAAAAAGCUAAAUUCCUGAAGGCAAAUACCUGGGAGUAUGCCAAUGCAGUGUCUACAUCAUGCCUUGCAGAUGAUAAAGCGUGCGAGAACAUUAGACUCUCAUUGGAGCAAUGCAACUAUAAAGAUGAAAUUCUUUCUUUUGUUCACGAAAAUGGUACUGGUGACAAAGUUCUCAGCCCUCCUGAUUUUGUGGAUUACUUUAAUGGUGAGGAAGCUAAACCAAGACAAGCUGCUAAAGUCAAGAACGUCACCAGGGAGCCCUCGCUGAAAGCAAAGGAACCGGACGAACUCCCCAUGACGAGGAAGACCACGCGAAGACCUCAGUUAAUGGAAUCAUUGCAACCAGAGUACAAACCUCCGGCAUCGAUCUCAGUCCCUUCUCCAAAAACCGAAGUCAUCAAAGGACCCACCGCAUUGACCGAGUCAUCUUUCUCGGAAAACAGUAUGGCUACGCAUAGACAUACCAGCAGUCAAUACUCCAACCCAACAUCUGUUUCUGGUUUCAGGAGCAGUACUGGAAGUGAAGCGAAGUCUGCGAAGAACUGGAAUUCUCCAACUCGUCGUAAGAGCAAACAAAGCGAUGCUCUGCUCGAAUCUACGACUUCAAGAAUCUCUUUUGAAGCACCCAAGAAUUCUUCGAUACCACCAUCUCCCUCAACGGAUGCCAAAAUCAGAGCAAAUCCUUUGAAGGCUUACUUGAAUGAUUUGGAGCUCGGAGGAAACGGAGACAUGUCCAAAUUUAGAGAGUCAAUGAUGAGUGCAAAGGAUUUGAGGCAUACGAGCGAGGAUUACCAUGCAGGAACGUUGUCUGAUGAAAAACUCUUCGGAAAAUCGUCUUCCAGACGCGAUGAGAACACGAUACUAGGACGGGAGAGUAGCUUGAGGAAGUCUAAAUCAUGGACAACCCCUCGUCAAGCGGAAACGAUUGUUGCUCCUGUUCCAGGUCUGCCUAGGGUCUCUACCUCGGGUAAUAAGGUGAUAAAAUACUCGAGAGCACAAUACUCGUAUUCAGCAGAGAUUGAACAAGAGAUCUCCUUCAAGAAGAGGGACGUCCUACUGGUGCUUCUUAUGCAGCCAGACGGCUGGUGGUAUGUGGAGAAUACCAAAAAUGGGGAAACGGGGUUGGCUCCAAGUAAUUACUUAGUUGAUAUUUGA